AUGACUUGGCAUGCUGAUGGGCGUGAAAAUGAUCAUCUCUUACAUCAUCUUGUUGAUGGUCAAGCUUGGAAGGAAUUUGAUUCUUUAUACCCAAAGUUUGUUGAUGACCCACACAAUGUGAGGCUUGGGUUAGCCACAGAUGGAUUUAGCCCAUUCAAUUCAAUGAGCAUUGUCCAUAGUACAUGGCCAGUUAUGUUGAUUAAUUAUAACUUGCCUCCUUGGAUGAUUAUGAAGCCUAAGUUUUUGAUGCUAGCCUUACUAAUUCCCGGCCCGUUUUCCUCUGGCAAUGACAUUGACAUAUAUUUGCAUCCACUUAUUAAGGACUUGAAGGAUUUGUGGGAGUUUGGGUUGGAAACUUAUGAUGCUUCGACUAAUCAAAGGUUUGACAUGCAUGUAGCAUUGAUGACUACCGUGAGUGAUUUUCCGGGUUAUGCAAUGUUAUCUGGGUGGAGCACAAAAGGAUACUUGGCAUGCCCUGAAUGUCAUUAUGAAACAGAUUCCGAGUGGUUGCCUUGUAGUGGUAAGACUGUGUAUAGGGAAAAUCGUAGAUUUUUGGAUCCAUCUCACCCUUGGCGUCAUGAUAAGAGGAAUUUUGACGAAAAACUUGAGGAAAGAUGUCAACCUAUUCCAUUGAAUGGAAUUGAUAUUGAGAAUAUGUUGCGUGAUUUUCCAAAUGCAUUUGGAAAGAAGCAAAAGAAACCAAGGCGUGAUGUGGAUGAUCCGAAUCCGUGGAGAAAGAUACCCAUAUUUUUUGAGUUACCAUAUUGGAAGCAUUGCUCUAAUCGCCAUAAUCUUGAUGUAAUGCAUAUUGAGAAAAAUUUCUUUGAUAACAUCAUUGGGACAUUAUUAGACAUUUCUCCGAAGACCAAGGAUAAUGUGAGUGCUCGUCGAGAUUUGGUAGAACUUAAUUUGAUGCCAAAGCUUCAACCAAUUGAAUUGGAAGGUGGUAGUGAAGAAUUUCCAAGAUCUCGCUUUUGGAUGUCAUUGGAGCAAAAGCGUAAGUUCUGCCAGGUUAUAAAAAAUGCUAAGCUUCCUCAAGGUUAUGCUUCCAACCUUAGUCGUUGUGUGCAAGUUGGAGAAAGGAAAAUAGCAGACUACAAAAGUCAUGAUGCUCAUUUUAUGAUGAAUUAUCUUCUUCCAAUUGUUGUGAAGACAACAUUACCCAAAGAUGUUGCUAGUCCUUUGAUAAGACUUUCUGCUUUUUUCAAAGGUAUAUGGAGUAAAACUAUUGAUCCUCGAGAUCUUGACGACAAAUUGCAAUCUGAGAUAGUUGAAACUCUAUGCCUACUUGAGAGGAUUUUUCCACCGGCUUUUUUUUAUAUAAUGGAACAUUUACCCAUACACUUGGUUGACCAAAUUAAGUUGGGUGGACCUGUGAGUUCAAGGUGUAUGUAUGGAAUUGAGAGGAAUCUUCAUGAAAUUAAACAAGAUGUUCGAAACAAGGCUCGUCAGAAGGCUCAAUGGCAGAAGGAAACCAAGCUAAAGAAUGUGUUGCUUUCAUAG